AUGGAGAUGAAUCGCCAACUGCAGUCGCAAGGGGAGCACGAGCACACCUCCACCAUGACAUCUGGAUCUGAGACUCCCGAUGCUUCAUCUGAUGUUUCUCCCUCUCUACCUUUCCCUCCAUUACAAGACACUUCCCUGGAGACGGUCCCUGCUCUGCCGCCAUCUUCGAGAAACACAAGAAAACUCACCAUCAACAGCACCAUAGCCCGCCCGCCGCCAGCGACGCAUUUGAUUCGACGCAAACCGCUGUCGUCGACCGCAUCGCCAAUCGCUACCAGGUACUCAUCCGGAGACUAUCUCACCAUUGCCCAUGGUCUACCGCGACCCGAGCAGAGGUACUCACGGUCGUUUUCGGUUGACAGUCCUACCGUUUAUGAGUUCCAACCUCUCGCAUCUAUAGAAACAAUUGCGGGCUUGGAAUUCCCAAAGGCUAAAGCGGCUGCGCCAACUGAGCCCGAGUCGCCCAACAGCGACGUAGGGAACAUUCCACAUAACAAGGCAGCUCUGCUACGGUCACCUUUUUCGCCUCCGCUCAUGACGUCCGAGUCGGCUGUCAUAGCGGCAGAGGUCAAACAACCCAUCUUGGCAGACCACCACAACCUUGCAGCUCCUCAAACAAUCCUGACAGCUGGGCUGUCACAACAUAGCGAGCAAUCUUCCCGUCAAGGUUCGGUGGCUGGCACCGGGUCUGACGAGGACCCUUUGAGCGUGCUCGACGGAUAUAACAGUGAUUCGUCCUAUAACUCUAAUUCUAAUCAUUCUAAUAUGUCCCUGUAUGCCACUCGGAAACCAGCACCACCACACCUUAGUCUAGCAGAUGUCGAUGCAGACACUAGAGCUACCUCAGCAUUAAGUGAUACCGAGGUCAAAACACCAGAUACAAAUAAACCACUCCCCAAAUCACCAGGCUCCUCAAAGCUUAGUUCUUUCUUUGGCUGGGGUUCCGCGUCACCUUCCACGCCAGAGUUCUCCGAUAAAGGAAGCGUCUCACCUAUACCGUCGCCCUUUGGAUUCACCAGAUCGAAUACUCAACCAGAUGCAUCCCCCGUUACCACACUCAGGCCCACAUCUCUUCUUGAAGCCCCCAGAGCUUCAUUCAGUUCCGGGAACUCUCGGGACUACGUUGACUCCUAUCUCGCCACACCCACGGCACUUUCAGCUACAGCUACGGCAGAGAUCGAAGAAAUGGAGGACGAAUUAAAGGCCAUCUCGUCCGAGUUGGCGGCGUCUAUUCGGCGCGAAAUGGACUUGGAAGACCUCGUCGAUAGACUACAAGCGGAAAAGGACAACCCAACGACUAUCGGAAACAAGAGGACUAGUGAUUACUUCUCGGACUCUGGAUAUAGUUCAGCCAGGUUCAGUGAAUACGACCAACAAAAGGAAGAGAUUGAGAAAAUACAGAGGAGGUCGGAACAAGAGAAGGCUCAGAUCAGGCUGGAUCUGACUAGUAAGGUACAAGAAGAGAGGUCGAAGAGAGCCGAGUUGGACUCGCAGAUCAAGGAACUUUCCGAGAGGGCCUCGCAAAUCGACCUCGUGCAGAUGAACAGCAUGGACGCGACUGGCAGAAUCAAGGAUCUGGAGUCGACUUGUGACACUCUGCGAAGGAAGCUAUCUGAGGAAAGACAGGUCAAGGAUAACUUCGAAGACCUGCUCUCUGCACUCAAAGGUGAGCUCCAGAAUGCCGCCAACGAGCGUGACAACCUUCGAGAUGAAAUUGUUCCUCAACUUCGAGCUCGUGUCGAAGGUCUAGAAGGUCAAGCAACUGAUCUGGAGAAAAUGACCUACGAGUCCACCAAAAUGCAACAGGAGUUGCAGGCUCUGAAAAACGAAAACAUAUCACUGAAGCACGCCCAAUCAUCAAUGGGCAGUAUUGCGGAGGAAUCGAGUUUCCAGGCGAUAAGCUCUAGAAUGUCCCGUUCCAGCUCGAUCACAGGUCCGCCCUCCGCGUUCAAGUCCUCUUCACGGCCUCCAUCUGGAUUGUCGAGAUCCAAGUCGGUUAAGAUGACAGAAUCACGUGACACAAAUGAGUCGCGGCAGAUGCUCUCGGACCGACUGAAGGACGUAGAAGAACAACGAGAUGCCCUUCAUAGGGCGUUGAAGGCUCUUCUAGAGCGUCAAGAGUGCCAGAACCGAGAAAAUGAGAAGAAGAUUAAGGCUCUCGAAAUGGAACGUGAUCGUGUCAUGAGUGGGUCGCCGCAGAAGGCUGGUUUUGUCAAAGAGGUGUCGAACCUCCGUGAGGAGAUCAACGUCUUGCGUCGCAGAUCUGAGGAGGCCCUUGAACAGAAGUGGCAAGUCGAAAAAGGUCUUGCAGGCCUGAAAAUGGAUCUUGACCGUGCUGAGCAGGAAAUAUCAUCCCUGCGCAGUCUGCUUCAGGAGAAGGAUAUCCUCAUUCCAGAGGCGCUUGCUCGCUCCAGUGCCAGCAGUGACGGCCAAUACCGCGCACCUGUUACCUCUGAAUCUCUUGUCACAGCUUACUCUGAAUUGCAAGGCGCGUAUUCCUCUGCUCUCGACCGCGUCAAAGAGCUUGAGCUAGGUUCCACGCCUCAAGAUGAGAAGACUAAACUUGCUCUUGAGAAGCUUGAGCAGAGUCUUUCUUUGGCUGUCUCGGAGCGAGACUAUGCCAUGCAAGACGUAUCCUCUUAUAAGACGCAGCUCGACACCUUGAAGGCUGGCGAGCGGGUCUAUAUGGAGAGCGAGAAGGCUCUUGCUGACGAGCUUACAGAGUCUGCUCGACGCGUCGAAGAGCUUUCCACACAGGUUCGCCAGCAAUUAGCUACCAAUCAAAAUCUGCGUCAACGUCUCACAGAUACUGUUGCCAGGGGCGAGGCAGAGCAGAAAGCCAACGCAGUGCGAAUCGCUGCGAUGCAGAAUCGUUUAGCUACUCUAGAAGAGCAAGUCGUUGCUGCUCAGACGGCCUCGGAGGAGCGCGUCACUCGUCACGAAGACGAAAUAACCGCCAUGAAGGAAGGCCAUAGCAGGCAGCUGUCCCGCCUUAGCAAUGGUCUUCGAUCACCUCGUGCCUUCCCCUCAAAGUCACCAUUGUCACCGUUCUUUGCCACCCCGGCCUCGCGAUCACCGCGCCUUAGCAUCACACGCACUGGACCAGCCAUGAGCGUCGCUGAGGAGACCCAGGUCGCAGCUCUCAAGGCGAAAGUGGCCGAGCUCGAGACGGCGCUCACUCAAGCCGAUUCUGACAUGGAAGAGGUCGUUGGUCGCAUGAACGCGGCACAGAUUGAGGUUCUGCAGUUGCAGGAAGAGCGUGAAGCCGUCAUGAGCCAGACUAGAAGACUGGAGAGGGAGCUGACGGCCGAGAAGGUCAAGGCCUUUGAAGGGCGAUUCAAGAGCUUGCAAUCAUAG